UCGUCCUAGACGAGAUUCGCCACGUUAUUUUGUAAUUCAAUAUGUCAGCGCCCAUCAGUUUGACACUUGACAAAUGAAGAAUAUUUGUUUUUUUCUAGUGCCAGUGAAGUAUAUUUAAAACGUCAACAUGAAGACCGUUCUGAUGGUUGCUGAGAAACCGUCUCUAGCCCAGUCGAUUGCUAAGCUUUUAUCCAAUGGGCAGAUGAACAGUAGAAAAGGCUCAAAUGGAGCGUGUUCUGUCCACGAAUACAGAGGGGUUUUUCCUCCAACGGGAGAAAAUGUGUUCUUCAAAAUGACGUCUGUUUGUGGUCAUGUAUAUGGUCUUGAUUUUGUUGGAAAGUACAAUAGCUGGGAUAAGGUUGACCCGAGUGAGUUGUUUACUGGACCAACACACAAAAAAGAAGCAACAGAAAAGUUAAGAAUGCCGACUUUUCUAUCAAAAGAGGGCAGAGGCGUAGAUUUCCUAGUGUUAUGGUUAGAUUGUGACAAGGAAGGAGAAAACAUUUGUUUUGAAGUUAUGGAAUGUGUAGAGCAAAGUAUGAACCGGGGAAUUGGACAGACAGUUUACAGGGCAAAGUUCAGUGCUAUUACAGACAAAGAUAUAAAAGGUGCCAUGAAUCGACUUGGUGAACCAAAUAAAAAUGAAGCUUUAUCAGUUGAUGCCAGACAGGAACUAGAUUUGAGAAUUGGUUGUGCCUUUACCAGAUAUCAAACUAAAUUCUUUCAGGGUAAAUAUGGAGAUUUAGACAGUACCCUGAUAUCUUAUGGACCCUGCCAAACACCUACCUUAGGACUCUGUGUGGAUAGACAUGAUAAGAUACAAUCUUUUAAACCAGAGGCCUACUGGGUCAUUAACUUACAGAUAGCUCACCCUGGUGGACGGAGUAUUUAUCUGGACUGGGACAGAGUGAGAAUCUUUGAUAAAGAAGUAGCACAGAUGUUCCUUAAUAUGAUCAAAUCUGCUGACUCAGCAAAAGUUACAAAGGUUGUACAAGAGGAAAAGUUCAAAGGUCGACCACAAGCUCUAAAUACUAUAGAAAUGUUACGAUCAGCUAGUUCUGGACUAGGUAUAAGUCCACAGCAUACAAUGCAGGUAGCUGAAAGAUUGUAUACACAAGGUUACAUAAGUUAUCCUAGAACGGAAACAACACAAUAUCCUGAGAACUUUGAUUUAGUGGGGACAUUGAGACAACAGCAGUCAUCACCUGAUUGGGGAACUAUUGUCAGGGAACUAUUGAGUACUGGUAUACAGAAACCAAGAAAAGGUACAGAUGCUGGGGACCACCCUCCGAUCACACCAAUGAGAAGUGCAACAGAAUCUGAGUUAGGGGCAGAUAACUGGAGACUUUACGAUUUUAUUACCAGAUAUUUUAUUGCUACAAUUAUGCCAGAUUGUAAAUAUCUUCAGACAAAAGUGUAUUUUGAGAUAGGCCCUGAGAAAUUUUCUUGUACAGGUCAUGUGAUUGUUGAUCCAGGAUUUACAUCUGUCAUGACAUGGAAAGCUAUGGACGAUGAAACACUGCCAGAGUUUAAAAAGGAUCAAACAUUUAGCCUUGAAGAAGCCAAGCUUGCUGAGAGACAGACCAGCCCUCCAGAUUAUUUAACUGAAAGUGAAUUGAUCACACUGAUGGAGAAACAUGGCAUAGGAACUGAUGCCAGUAUAUCUGUACAUAUAAAUAACAUUUGUGAGAGAAACUAUGUCAAUGUUAUAGCUGGACGGAAGCUCAAACCCACACCACUUGGAAUAGUGUUAGUCCAUGGUUAUCAGAAGAUUGAUCAAGAACUGGUAUUGUCUACCAUGAGGUCUGCCGUAGAAAAACAAUUGAAUCUCAUCGCCCACGGUAAAGCUGACUUCCAGGAUGUUCUACAUCAUGCACUUAACAUUUUCAGACUGAAAUUUAAAUAUUUUGUAGAGAAUAUAAAUGGGAUGGAUGAGUUGUUUGAAGUAACAUUUUCAUCACUGGCUGCUAGUGGUAAACCUUUGUCCAGAUGUGGUAAAUGUCGUCGUUUUAUGAAAUUCAUCCAAGCGAAACCUAGUCGUCUCCAUUGUUCUAACUGUGAUGAUACAUUCACACUGCCACAGAAUGGGAAUAUCAAACUUUAUAAAGAAUUGAAAUGUCCACUGGAUGAUUAUGAGUUAGUUCUAUGGACAACUGGGGUAAAGGGAAAGUGUUACCCUCUUUGUCCUUAUUGUUACAAUAAUCCACCAUUCAAAGACAUGAAGAAAGGAUUUGGUUGUAACGAGUGUACCCAUCCAACAUGCCAGCAUGGAUUAUCACAGACAGGGGUAUCAGAAUGUGUAGAAUGUGAGAAUGGUAUCUUGGUGCUAGAUCAGACUUCAGCUCCAAAAUGGAGAAUGGCCUGCAAUAUGUGUAAUGUUGUGAUCAACUUUUUUGACAAUGCCCAUAAAGUAUCAGUAUCAGAAGAUAUAUGUGAAGACUGUGGAUCACACAUUGUUAAUGUAGAUUUCAGCAAGGGCAAAACUCCACUAGAAGGAGAUGAAACUGAACACUCAGGCUGUGUAUUUUGUGACCCGGUAUUUAAACCAUUGGUAGAAAAACAUCAUGCAAGAAUGAAAAGAAGGGGAGGUGCUAGUCGAACAGCUGGCAGAGGUGGGCGUGGUAGAGGAGGAAGGUCAAGAGGUCGAGGGAGAGGAAAACCAAAAGACAAAAUGUCACAGUUAGCUGCUUAUUUUGUAUAGUUAUGUCAUUAUGUUCUGAUUUAAUGUGCCUUUUCACUCAUAGUCUGUCACAGUUUAAAAUUCUUUAAAAUGUAUUGUUUUUGGUAAUAUAUAUACUCUACAGCUUAUGGUACAUGUCACUCAUUGUUAUCUACCAAGUUUAGUACCAAUGUUAUUUUGACUUUUUUUUACCUUUUGUAAUAUCUAGUUCUAAUAAUAAGGACUACAAUUCAAAGACCUAGUGUUGUCUUGGUAAUUAUGUAUUAUGAUCCGUUGAUGUGUGAUUCUGAAAUCAUGAUAGCACUUUUUUUUUAUUGUAAAGGUGGUACCUAACACUACAGGGAGAUAACUCUGUGAAAUCAGCUAAACGUUUGAAUCAAGGACAAAUUAAGCUUCUCAAUUAUCAAAACUAGUGUUUGUCAAACUGCUAUAUAUCCAACCAUUUUUUUCCAAGAAAGUGAUUGGUUCAAGUUUUUUAAAAUUUUUAUAUUUUUUUCAAAGGGUCAAUGUAAACAUUUUCUCAAAAUUUUAUGAAAAUUAAACGUGCCAAAUUAAUUUAAGUCUACGUGUUGGGUACCACCUGAAAUUCUUGUAUUAGUAGGCACAUGAGAUAAUAAUUUAUCUGCCAGUUAAGUGAUACUGUCUCUUUUUAGAAUCUGGAAUUAAUUGCACACAAAAAAGGUAAAAUAUCAGCAACAGAUAAUUGUUGAAAAGAACCCUAUCCUUUGAAAUUCUUUUCAAGAAUCAGUUAAUGUUGCAUCAGAUCCUUUGUCAGACUAUGUAAGAGACACCCAUGUUCAUUGUUCAAGCCUUUGUCAGACUAUGUACCUAUGUAAGAGAUAUCCAUGUUCAUUGUUCAAGAUCAACGCUACCAUGCAUCUGUUCACACAUAUUAUAAAGACUAUCAUAUUAAAAGUGUAUUGUGUAAGUAAAACUAGUAAGAAACCAUUUGCUUUUAUAUUUUUUUUAUAUUAAGAAUUUACUGCAGCACUGUUAAAGAAUUAACUACAAGUUCUUACCGCAUUGUUAAAGUUACAUUUAAAUUAGUUUUUUUUAUAUAAAUGCUUUGAUAGAUGACAGAGAAUUAUUACAUAGAUAAUAUAUCAUGCUAAUAGCUGGUAUUCUGAGGACAAUACUCAAUCAGACAGGUAGUUUUAUAAAUGUGUAUUGUUUGUUAUAUCAUGCAGUCUAUAAUAAAUUCUAAAUAGAUUAUUGUA